UUGAGAAUGCGGAAGUUCAUCUCUUGGUGUUCGGGGCGUGUCACUUGUAAAUAAUAAAACCUGAUGUCUCACAGAGAAACAAUUCUGUGAAGGAAACACUCCUGAACACUGUUGAAACAAUGGCAUCAGAAACCCCUCUGUCCAAGGCCAACACCAGCUUUGCUCUGGCUUUGUUAAAAAAGCUGAGCGAUAAUGACAGAGCAGCGAAUAUCUUCUACUCGCCUUUCAGCAUCUCCGCCGCUCUGGCGAUGGUGUUGCUUGGAGCCAGAGGCAACACAGCGUCACAGAUGUCAGAGGUACUCUGCUUUAUAGAGCCAGAGAAGCCACGACAAGCUGAAGCACUGCAGAUGCCGAUGCAGAUGCAAAUGCAGAUAUCACAACAGAUCAAAUCCCAUCUUCCACGUCAUCUUCUCAAGUGCCUGAAAACUAAAGACUGCCUGGAUGAAAUCCACACCGGCUUCUCCAGUCAGCUGAGUGAGCUCAACAAGGCCAACGCUCCCUAUGCCCUCAGUGUUGCUAACCGGCUGUACGGAGAGCAGUCCUACCAGUUUGUUGAGGAUUUCUUGGGAGAAACUAGGAAGUUCUACAGUGCAGAGCUGGAGUCUGUUGACUUUGUGAAGAACUCAGAGGCUGCACGACUCAACAUCAACACCUGGGUGGAGAAGAUGACACAAGGUAAAAUUCAGGAUCUGCUGGCCCAGGGUGUUGUGGACAGCAUGACCAGACUGGUGCUGGUCAACGCCAUCUACUUUAAAGGCAACUGGAACAAGCAGUUUAAGGAGAAUGCCACAAGAGACGCUCAGUUUAGACUCAACAAGAAUGACACUAAGCCAGUGAAGAUGAUGUACCAGAAAACAAAGUUCCCUUUAACGUUCAUUCCUGAAGCCCACUGCCAGAUCCUAGAGAUGCCUUAUAAAGGAAAGGAGCUCAGCAUGCUCAUCUUCCUCCCCAAUGAGAUGGAGGACAACACCACGGGUCUGGAGGAGAUUGAAGGGCAGCUAACCUACGAGAACUUUGUGGAGUGGACUCGUCCAGAUAUGAUGGAUGAAGUUGAGGUUCAAGUGGGUUUGCCUCGAUUCAAGAUGACGGAGACAUACGACAUGAAGAAUAUCCUCAUAAGUAUGGGCAUGGUGGACGCCUUCGAUAUGGGAAAGAGUGACUUCUCUGGCAUGUCUCCUGCCAAUGACCUGGUCCUGUCUAAAGUUGUCCACAAGGCUUUUGUGGAGGUAAAUGAAGAGGGAACCGAGGCGGCGGCUGCCACUGCUCCCGUCAUGAUGCUGCGUUGUGCCCUUCGUCCAGCCACCUUCAUCGCAGAUCACCCCUUCCUCUUCUUCAUCCGACAUAACGCCUCCAACAGCAUUCUCUUCGCCGGCAGAUACUGCUCCCCUCAGUGAGUAUGGGGAGCAGUGAGGAGGGGGGGGCAGCAAAUCUUCUACUACAGCUACUCCAGAGUCUCUAUUCACUUAUCACACCCUGAGGUCAUUGUCUGAACCAAAAAUGCCUUUGACUACAACCUUCAGCGAGUAUGUUUACAUGCACAGUAAUAUUCUUGAUAAAAAUAUGACAGUAUUUUGAAUUUGACCAAAAUUUGAAUAUUCUGGAUAAUGCUUUUUCCUGAAAGAAACAUUGUCUGCCUAAUGAUACUUUUCCAUUAGCAACAGAGAGAUUUGUUCAUUUUCUUGAAGUUAGUUCUGGUCAGGACAUUCCAUUGGAAUUUGGAUGCAUUUGGAAUACGUAUCUAAUUUCUGAGUUGUACCACUGGUUCUGCUGGAGUAGAAAUGGAGAUGCAUACUCCACAGAAUAGAGACAAAUAUUGAUAGUAAGAAGGAGAAAAAAACAUCACUCGUGAAAAAGAAUAGCAACAGAUGAAAGAAUGAAGGAAGAAGGCAGUGUUUGUGCCAAAUAUUGGUAAAACCCUUUUUUAAUUGGUCUCUACACAGCUGUGUGUAAAGAGGAAUACUAGUGGAAUAUUAAUUUACAUGGGCUUGUUGGGAAUUUUAUCUUUUUUUAAAUAAGUGUAACAAUCAGAAUAUUUAGUGCAUGUAAACAUAGUCACUCAACUUCUGAAACGUGCUGCUUGCUUUCACUCAAACACAAAAGAUUCUGUGCCUUUGGAAAAUGAAGUUCUUCCACUUUCUUAUCUUCUGUACCAUGUUUACAAAAGUGUCUAAGUCAUGUAUAAGUCCACUGAACUCCACAUGCUGCACCUUCAUCCCCUGCUUUAUCUAUUCCGUUAAGUUAGUUAGUCUAGACAUGUUUAAGUCAUUUAUGGCUCUAAUGUAUGUGCUGCACCUUCAGUCCAAACUUUAUCUAUACCUACACCCUCAACAAUAAUUUACCACCAUCACCACAUCUGUUCAUUGCUUCAUAUUAUUAUAAUGUCUGCACUUUAUCUAAGAAACAUGCAGCUUCACUGUUAUAAACCAAAGGGAAUAUUUGGAUGUUUCCUCAUUUAAUAAUGAAAUCUUAUAAUCAUGCAAAGUCUUAUAUGUAAUAUGACUCUAAAGUGAAAAAAAAAAAGCAUUCAUGAAGGUUUGCACAGGCUUUGAAUCACGGUUGUAUGUUUGUGUCCUGAUAGAAUAAAAGUGUGUGGUUUGCAAA